AAUCAUAGAAAUAUUAACGAAACACGAUUCAAUUUAGGAGCCGUUCCAAAACCAAAUCGAAAUCAUGUACCUAGUGCCAAUGGCUGCGGAGCAUUAGGUGUCAAGAUCAACAGCGAUUAUUUACCAUUCGGGGCCAUGGAAAAAUGCUGUAAUGCACACGACAUAUGCUACGACACGUGCAACAAAGAUAAGGAAGUAUGCGAUGUGGAUUUUAAACGAUGCCUCUACAAGCAUUGUGAUGCUUAUGCAGAAAAUGUUGGAGGCCAAACAAUGACAAAAGCAUGCAAAGGUGCAGCAAAAAUGUUGUUUACCGGUACGCUGACUUUAGGAUGUAAAGCUUAUAUUGACGCACAGAGUAAAGCUUGUUAUUGUCCCUCAAGUCCAGGCUGGAAGGAUAAAAAGAACAGCAAAUAUACACCUGGUGGAGAUAGAGGAGAACUUUAAAGAAUAAUUAUUGUGAUUUAUUUUUGUUUUGGUGUUGUGUUUUGUAGUUAGGUAUAGUAUUAGAAUCAUACAAUUUUUCCCAUCGAGAGUUUUUUUUUUCGAAAAAUUCGACAUAGUGAGAAUAAGUUAAUUUGUUAUCAA